GCGAUUUUAUUUUGGUGAUUUCAAUUUGCGCAACUUUGUUAAUAGAAACACGGAUAAUGUCUUCUGUCAGAGGCUUCUUGAGAUGUUGCUGUAAUACAGACUGCUACAGGAGAUCCUUCAGCAUCUACAACUCUGAGGAAAAAAAUUACAACAUUCAAUUCCCACUGGGAUUAAUACAGUAUUUGACUUUAAGUUAAACUUCACAGUUACUUGCAACUCCAUGUUGCUUUAUCCCAUAAAAUCCCAAUGAAAUCCAGUGACGUUUGCGGUGCAAACUGAGCAUGACGUAAUUUCCAGAUUACAGUUCUGACUUUCUAAGCAAAUGAGCCGUGGAGUGCUGGUGUUUGGGUGUAAUGUUCCUUUAAAGGCUGUUGCCCCCUGCAGCGUCGUCAUUGCGCAGAACAGUUUGAACCAAAAAGCGGAGUGACCUUCCUCCGCUUUCAGUCUGAGAGGGGCAGCACUGAAGCAAGAAGCCGCUCACAGCUCCCAAAGUCCACCGCUACAGCCUCAGAAAUGAACAACAACUUAGUCGGAGAUGAAGUCGGGAAACUAUUUGUAGGUGGACUGGACUGGAGUACGACACAAGAAACAUUGAGAAACUACUUCUCGCAGUAUGGAGAGGUAGUAGAUUGUGUCAUCAUGAAGGACAAAACCACAAAUCAGUCGCGAGGCUUCGGCUUUGUUAAGUUCAAAGACCCUAAUUGUGUACGAACGGUGCUGGAGACAAAGCCACAUAACCUUGAUGGAAGAAAUAUUGACCCAAAGCCAUGCACACCCAGAGGAAUGCAGCCCGAAAAGUCUCGAACCAAGGAGGGCUGGAAGGGCAGCAAAGCUGAUAGCAAUAAAUCUAAGAAGAUAUUUGUAGGUGGAAUUCCCCAUAACUGCGGAGAGCCUGAACUCAGGGACUAUUUCAAUAGAUUCGGAGUGGUCACAGAGGUGGUAAUGAUCUAUGAUGCGGAGAAGCAGAGGCCCCGAGGUUUUGGAUUUAUUACUUUCGAGGCCGAACAAUCAGUGGACCAGGCUGUCAACAUGCAUUUUCACGACAUCAUGGGCAAAAAAGUGGAAGUAAAGAAGGCAGAACCUCGUGACAACAAAGCUCCUGGCCAGCUUGGUCCUGGUCAGUGGGCUCCUAGGGGGAUUUUGACUGCAGCUAAUGGUUGGACAGCACAGCCGGCCCCAGGCUGGCAACAGGCUUACGGCCCACAGGGAGUGUGGGUGUCCGCUGCCGGCCAGCCUAUAGGUGGGUAUGUACCUUCGCUCUCAGCGGGCCGGGGAACCCCCACGCAACCUCCGUCACCCUUUAACGCAUUCCUGGUCACCACGCCGGCCGGCAGCUUCGCAGCACCUCAGGGCUACCCUCAGCAGGGCUACAGCACAGCACCUCAGUUUGGUUACAGUUUCGGCACACCCCAGGCAGACCAGUACGCUCCGCAGGUUCCUCCUCCUCCCACCACACCAGGAACGGCAACGCUGGGCUUUGCCCCCGCAACCACGCCAACUCAGGACUUGAGCAAGGCUCCCACAGGGCAGCCUGAUUUUCCUUACAGCCAGUAUGGCCUGGGUAACUACCCUCAGGACCCCUCUGCCUACGGACCAACGCGUCCUUCUCACAGUUAUGGUCAGGAUGAGCAGGGAGGAUAUAGUGCAGCUAAAGGGGUGAGAAAGGAAAGAAGAUUGAAAGGAGACCAGCACACCAGGUACGGUCAGGAACUGACAGCCUUCGGCCACAGCUUUGCAGACCCCAGCCAGCCGGCCGCCUCGUACGGAGCCCCAACAGCACAGCCGGCUGCCGCUCCCCAGCCCGCCGCCAGCGCGUUCGGCAGGGGGCAGAACCACAACGUACAGGGCUUCCACCCCUAUCGACGCUGACCGCCUCCCCAUGGCGGUGUGGCAUGGUGUAAAGUUCAGAAACCACAAAAAAAAAGAAAAGAAAAAAAAAAAAAAAGUCAGGGAAACAAGUGUUCUUGCUCAACGCAAUACUGGAUUGUUUGUUAGAAAUGUUGAAAUAACACAGUUUGAGAUAGAAAUCUUUUAUGAAAACAGGGAUUCCAGAAAAUUUUAAAGGGUUUAAAAAAUAUUUUUCUUUUCUUUUCUCGCAUUAUUUAAGAAAUAUUGAGCAGAAAGAAACUUUUAUCCCCCACCUCCCCCUGCACCCAUGUUUUAUAGUAGAUCUAAACUACUUUGCAAUAAUUUUGAUUGUCUGGUGAAACACUAGCACAGAGACUUAUAUGUAAAGAGAAUUGCAUUUAAAUAUGUAUAUUUAUGGCAGACGCAAAUGGAAAAAAACAGGGUUUAAAUUUUUCUCAGCUUUAAAUUCUAGGGAAAAAAACGUUUUUAUUUUUCAUUUGGUAAAUUUUUGUUUACUUUCUGAGCCUUUAAAGUUUGUUUAAAAUGGAGAUUAUGAAUAUAUAUAAUAUAUAUAAAUCUAUAUAUAUAUAUAUAUAUAUAUAUAUAUAUAUAUAUAUAUAUAUAUGUUAUACACAAACUGUGCAAUUUUUUUAAAAAAGAGAAUUUUGUACUAUAAAUGUACACUGCUUGUUUUUUAUUUAAAGAUGUAGACUUCCCUCAGGUGGCUGUUUUGGGUGCAUUUUUUGCACUUAUGCAAAAAGGAAAAAAAUGGAAAAAUUAUUACAAAAAUAAAUGUUUUAAGAUUAAAAUAAA